GAGUGUCCCAGUGGGAUUGUUAAUGAAGAGGCCUUCAAAGUGAUUUACUCUCAGUUCUUCCCACAGGGAGAUUCUACGACAUAUGCACAUUUUCUGUUCAACGCAUUUGACACAGAUCACAAUGGAAGUGUGAGUUUUGAGGAUUUCGUUAUGGGUCUUUCAAUUUUGCUCCGUGGGACCGUGCAGGAAAAACUCAACUGGGCUUUUAAUUUGUAUGAUAUAAACAAAGACGGCUAUAUAACAAAGGAGGAAAUGCUCGAUAUAAUGAAGGCCAUCUAUGACAUGAUGGGGAAAUGCACCUAUCCUGUUCUUCGAGACGAUGCCCCGAGACAACACGUGGAAACAUUUUUCCAGAAAAUGGACAAGAACAAGGAUGGGGUCGUUACCAUAGAUGAAUUCAUUGAAAGCUGCCAAAAAGAUGAAAACAUAAUGCACUCCAUGCAACUCUUUGAAAACGUCAUUUAACCUCACGCAAGCUCUCCCUUCAGUGGA